AUGGCUCCGGAACCAACGGUACUGAUCAGUUCUGUUUGUUCCUUUCCUCUAUCAACAGCGAAAGCGAACUACGCGGCAAACGAGAAGCAACAUCACAUCGAUCUGGACGUUGGUGACACGGUGGUGAUCGAGCAGGAGUCCUUCCAUUGGUACUACGGUCGCAACAGUAGCUCGGAUGCGUCGGGCAUCUUUCCGAAGACGUACGUGCAUCCGGUUGAAAGCAAAACGUCCCGCGAUGGCGAUUUGGUGAUACGGCGCAGCGAAAUCGUCGAGGAGAUCACAUCGGUGCUGCAGGAAUGGCAGUAUCUCUAUCGUCGGCUCUACCUAUCGACACAUCCCUCGUUCAAGCUGGUACAGAGUAAGAUGCUCGAGCUGAUAAGGCUGCGGUCGCAACUGCUCUCCGGCAAUCUACCGGUGGACGAGAUGAAGAACAUUAAACUUAAAGCGACCAGUGAAAUCGACACCGGCAAUAAGAUCCUGAACUUGGACAUGGUUGUGCGGGACGAUAGUGGCAACAUAGUGGAUAUAGAGCGCACCUCCACCACGCAACUGUACGAGCAUCACCUCAAUGCGGUAGACCGGAUCAAGCGUGCCAACACAUCGAACAGCAAGAACCGCAAUCUGGAUAUCAUCAACCGUCAUUCGCACAAUCUGCUGCUGUCGGUGCACAAUUUCGUGUGCAGAUUGAGCGAAGAUACGGAAAUUCUGUUCACACUGUACGAUGGUGAUGAGAUGCGGGCCAUCACAGAGAACUACGUGGUCAGGUGGAGCCGCCAGGGUAUGGCCGCGGAUCUGGAUCAGUUCAACAACAUUAAGGUGUUGUUCACGGAUCUGUCGGGCAAUGAUUUGAGCCGCAACAAAAUAUAUCUGGUGGCGUAUGUCGUGAGGAUCGGUGCAAUGGAUGGUAAGGAUACGGAUCUGCGGCGCAGCAGUAUGGCCAACUCCUCGAGCAGCGGGAGUUACAAAUCGAAUCGGAAUCAUCUGCAUACUCAGAUGAGUACUCCAUCCUCACCAGGGCCUGGUUCGACAGGUGGGCAGUCUAGCUCUGGAACACCAUCCAUCGGGUCCACCAUCUCGUCUAGCUCCAUCAAUGAGUUUCAUAUGCGCCGACCAUUCGGUGUAGCAACGUUGGAUCUUCAGCCGAUAAUUAAACGUUCGGAAGAUUUCAAGAGCGACACGCAACUCAAAAUGCCGUUUAUACCGUGCGAAAAAGAACCGUUGGAGACGACAUUACGCAAGCUGAUCACUAACAAAGAUCUCGGCGAAAAGAGCGAUGCGGCCAUAUGGAUCAGUGUUGAUAUUUUGUUCGGCGAUAUCAAGCAGGUCCGUGACGAAUAUCCCCAUCUUGUCCUAGGCAAUGUGGCGUUCGCCCGCAAAAUGGGCUUUCCGGAGGUGAUCUUUCCGGGCGAUGUGCGAAACGAUCUGUAUCUGACGUUGGUUUCGGGCGAGUUUUCCAAGGGCUCAAAGAGCAGCGAUAAAAACAUCGAGGUGACGGCGUACGUGUGCAAUAAGAAAGGUGUUGCGAUCCCGGGCGUCAUCAGCUACGGGGGAGGCGGAAAUUCGCUGAAUGAGUACAAAUCCGUCAUCUACUACCAUGAGGAUCGUCCGAAGUGGGGUGAAACGUUCAAGAUCGACGUGCCGAUCGAGGAGUUUAAGCAGUGCCAUUUGCGGUUCACCUUCAAGCACCGCAGUUCGAACGAGGCAAAGGAUCGUUCGGAGAAACCGUUCGGACUGUCGUACGUACGGUUGAUGAACGAUGACGGUACCACGCUGCAGCACAAGCGCCACACGCUGCUGGUCUACAAAAUUGACCACAAGAAGUACGACGAGGAGACGCAAUUUAACUACUUAAGUUUGCCUUCGCUUACGGAGGAACUGCCGAACGGUAGCUCGAAACCAUCCAUUAGUGGAUUCAGUCUCGCCUCCAAGGACGGUUUCAUCAUCGAAACGAACCUGUGCAGCACAAAGCUAACACAGAACGUAGACAUUCUUGGGCUGUUAAAUUGGUCGUCUCGGAAGGAAAAGAUGGAAGAAUCAUUGAACGCUCUAAUGAACGUACGAUGCGAGGAAGUGGUCAAAUUUCUGCAGGAUAUUCUGGACGCUCUCUUCAACAUACUGGUCUCCAAUGAGGACCCUGCCAAGUACGACAAUUUGGUGUUCAAAUGUCUACUCCGACUCAUCGAAAUUGUGUACGAUCUUAAGUAUCAACACUUCCAGUCCGUGCUCGAUCUGUACAUAAACGAAAGCUUCUCCGCCACAUUAGCUUACGAAAAACUAAUCAACGUUGUGCAAACGCACAUCCGGAAUGCCAUCAAUAACAUUUCAAAGGAUCGUGCCAUGGCAAACAUCUACACGGUGAACGAAAAUGACGAGGCGCUCUAUCGCACCACAAAGUACCUGCAGUACAUCAUGAAGUUCAUCAUCCGCUCGCGGUUACUGUUUGCCGAUCUAAACCAGGACAAGGAUCGUGAACUGUUCGUGGCCAGUCUCGAGGAGCUGCUCGAGUCAUUCUCCGAAUUGAUCAAGUACCAGAACGAUCUGCUAAAGUCGCAGGGUGCCCUCCUGAAGUACCUGCACAUCAUUGCUUCCGAUCUGAUGCAGGUUUACGAUCCGGUUAAGCUGAGCCAGAAAAUCGUGGACAUCAUCACGAACAUACCGACUGGGCGGUUAAACCAGUCGAAGAUGACAUGCAUCAAGGAUGUUGUCGACUCGAAGCUGUUCAAGUUGACCAAAUGCCGAGCGAUACUGUUGCCCGUGUUCUGUCGCCAAAUUAAGGAUAAGCUCGAGAGUAAGGAAGAGGGUGACUUUAUGUUCGACAUACGGCAGCAGGAGAAAAAUCUUACCAAAGCAGCAAAAGUACUUGGGGAAAGCAAAUCCCAGCUUCACACGCGUGAAACCACCGCUAAGACGAAGGUGGCCGAAUGUGUCAACAUCAUGAACAACAUGCUAGAGCUGCUGUUCCAGAGCGAGGAAGACAUCGGUCCGGUAGACAAUGACAUCCGGGACAUAAUGUUGAUCCUGCUCCGAACGGUGAUCCAGAGUUCGAUUGCAAUGGAUCGUAGCAAUCCGCUCGUAGGCAAUCUGGUGGCCAUUAUGUUAGGGAUCUUCCGCAGCAUGACUGAGGCGCAUUAUCAGUGCUAUAUGCGCAGCUUUCUCACGAGCUACGAUCUGUUGGACUUCCUCACCGAGAUACUGCUCGUGUUCCAGGAACUAGUCUCCAAGCCAGUCUUCCCGAUCGACUGGCUAGACAUGAUCAUGCACCAAAACAUGGUGAUCCUUGGCAGCUUGCAGCACUUUGCCGCCAUCAUAAUGGAUCAGUUUUUCAGCCCGUUCGAGAAGCAGGUUUGGUCGAACUACUUCCAGUGCUCCAUAACGUUCCUUACGCAGCCGGCACUGCAGCUGAACCUGUUCAGCAAAACCAAACAGUCGGUCAUACGCAGCACGUACCGUGACAUCCGGCGGGAAACGGUAUUCGAGAUACGGAAGAUGUGGUUCAACCUGGGUGAGCACAAGAUCAUGUUCGUACCGCGGCUCGUUGGACCGAUCCUGGAGAUGAGCAUGAUUCCGGAGGAGGAUCUGCGUCGCGCCACCAUUCCGAUCUUCUUCGACAUGAUGCAGUGCGAGUAUUAUAGUUCGAAGUAUGCGAUGGAGAGCUACGGUGAUACGAAGCGGAACACCGCCCACAUUAAAGGGAAUUUUAAUGACUUCGAAAAGGAGAUUAUUGAGAAGCUGGAUCACUACAUCGAGGGUGGGUACGGUGACGCUGAGUACAAGGAUUUGUUCUACGAGAUUAUGUACGAAUCUUGCAGCAAUCAUAGUACCCUGCAAACGUACGGUGUGCAGUGUGUCCAGGUACUGACUCAGCUAAUGGAAAAGUUGCUCGAGUACCGCUGCCUCAUACACGACGAAAGUAAAGAGAAUCGGAUGGCGUGUACCGUGAGUCUGCUGCAGUUUUACUCGGACGUAAACCGGAAGGAGAUGUACAUCCGGUACGUGGAUAAACUGUACGAACUGCACAUGGAGUUUGACAACUUUACGGAGGCGGCAUACACGUUGAAACUGCACAGCAAUGAGCUAAACUGGGAUGAAACACCGCUGUCGUUGUUGCUAAAAUCUAAGCGGCACUACUCUUGUCCGACACAUCGCACGCUCAAGGAGCAGCUAUACCGCAGCAUGAUCGAUCUGUUCGACAAGGGCAAAAUGUGGGAAUAUGCUAUCGAUCUGUGCAAGGAACUAGCGCAGCAGUACGAGAACGAAGUGUACGAUUAUCUCAGCUUGAGCGAACUGUAUAAGAAAAUGUCACAGUUUUACGAAAGCAUACUGCGAACGACACGGUACGAGUCGAUCUACUACCGUGUCACGUUCUAUGGCACAGGAUUUCCCGAGUUUCUGCGCAACAAAGAGUUUGUGUAUCGAGGCAACGAGUACGAAGAUGCAGGAUCCUUCAACAUGCGCAUACUAAGCCAACAUCCGCGCGCCGAACUGCUGACAACACUUACACCCGGUUCGGAAAUACUGGAGUGUGACGGGCAGUUCAUACAGAUCGUGAAAGUCGAUCCGGUUAGCCGUGAUAUACGGUUCGGAGGCAAAAAUACGCAAACGAUCGCUUCUAAUAUCGUGAAGUUCUACAAAUCGAACAACGUGAGCGAGUUCCAGUUUUCUCGUCCUAUACGAGACAGUCAGGCAAGUGGAGAUGAUAUCGCCGGUACGUCGUAUGAGCGUACGAUUAUGCGAACGACAGAUCCAUUGCCAGGUAUUCUGCGAUGGUUCCCGGUAAAGUGUUCCGAAACCAUCAUGAUAUCUCCUGUUGAGAUGGCUAUCGAAACGGUUGAUGCAAAGAACCGCGCGAUCCGGGAUCUGGUGCUGGAGCAUCAGAACGAUCCACGGAUACCGGUUCACUCACUGAGCGCCAUCAUUAAGGGUGUGGUCGAUGCCGCGAUCAAUGGUGGGCUUCGGAUUUACGAGGAAGCCUUCCUAACGCCACUAUACCUUGAGCGACAUCCCGGCGACGAUCACCUAGUGGCGCGACUAAAAGAUCUGAUCGCGUCCCAGAUUCCACUGCUCGAAGUAGCGCUGCUGCUGCACAAAAUGAAAACUCCCGCCAGUUUGCUCCCGCUGCAUGAUCAGCUGGAGAAAUGCUUUGCUUCGAUACAGGCGAACGUGGAGACAAAGUAUGGCAAACGUGUGACGGAUAUUAAAAUCGAUCGAGACGCAGAGGUAACGUUGCGUCGGCACAUAUCGGCCAAUCAGCCACAGAUCAGUAUGGAUUCAAGUCGUCUGUCGGAAACGAGUAUUGGAUCGUCCGAUAGCGGAAUCUCGAAGAACCAAAACAGUCGUCCAACGACGACUAGUUCGGGUGGAUUUAAGAACACUAUCGCCAACUUGGCCAACUUCAAUACGGUCAACUUAGCAAGUGACUUCUUCGAGUUCGAUCGAAUAAGUUUGUCCAGUUUUACCGCAACUGGGUCCGGCGGAAAAUUGAUAUCCAACCUGUCCUCCAAGAUUGGCACCAAACUGCGACAAACGUCCCUCGGUACAUCACCCGGUUCGAAAGCAAAAAAGGAUAAAACACUCACCAAACGACGAUCGAGCCGUAAAAUGGAUCGAGAAUCGUUAAGUUUGUCGGUGUCCAAUAGUCAAUUUUACACUAGUCCCAUUUCGACGGCAAGCGAGCAUAGUUCCAGCAUUGUCUCCUCCGAUAGGGAUAGUGGCGGUCCAAUGAGUCUUCUAUCGAGCAGCACUGUAACUGCUGUUUCGAACGCAACCACUCCUACCAACACGUUGCCCGUAUUCGAACUAACCGAGGAGUUGCAUCCAAAACGGCCGUUACGCUCGGAAGUGGAGAAAGAGAAGCGCCUGUCAAGACCACCAAGCAUUGCAACCCCAACGAUGGGUAGUAGAGUGCUGCCGGGUGGUGGCGCAACACCCAACGGAAUCACCACAGGAGACACCAAUUCGAUUGGUUCGGCCGAAAGUAGCAGCAAUCGCAAUUCUAUAAUAACCAAUGGUUCUACCACAUCAGAGGAAGACAGCGUACCGCCACCAUUGCCACUCAAAACACGAACCGAUGCCGAUUACACUAAUCUGCCUUGUGGUGGUAAGGGCACGAUCGAACAGCGGCAGUACACUACACCUGCGCCACACAUACAGCAGCCGAGCAAUGCAAGCCACUACAUAACAUUUAAGCCACUAUUGGCAACGGGCACUACCGUGGUGGCUGUUAACGCCUCUUACGAUGUGGUGGAAACACGAAAUCAUAGCGUAAUUGUGAUCAAUUCUAGUUCCUCUAACGUAUCCGGAUGCAGCAGUCCACCGCCGGGCAGUGGUGGAGGAAGAUACGACGAUCGCAAACGACCACCAACACCACCACCGAAACCGGCACGAAAUAGCAAGGUAUAAGCAUCAAAAAGGAAGCUUUGCGAGAUGAUCGUGGCACACAGUUUUGCAAAUAAGAGGCCUAAAAGAAAAGGAAGGAGUUUUUAUCGAAACAAAGAAAGCAACGGGCAAAAAACGCUUCCAACUCACACUAAGUACAAACACUGGAACUAGGAAUGAUUUUUUUUUCGAUGCUUUUGCUAUAACUUUUCUUCUUACAACGGGCUUUAAUAUUUGAGCGAAUUCGAUCGGACAUUAAUGCAGGAAAAGGAGAGUUUAGGAAAUGUUUAAACGUGAUAUGCUGUUGUAACGGUUAUCACCUUUGGGCACUCUGUGUGAUGUAUUUGACAAGUAAAUGGAAUGGAAAACAGGGUUGUUUUAGAUAGCAAAUUUAGAGAACCGAUAUUUGGCGUAGGGCAUCGAUGCAGAAAAGACUGACGCAGGGACGCAGGGUGGUUGCCGUGUAUUUUGAUAGCCAAAAUGGAUGGUGAAGAACAUGGAAUUUAUUUUCGUUAGGUCGCAAGUCAAUUUCUUAAUCAAUAGCUACGAUUACAGCCGUGCACUGACGGGGUGUGGACAGUUUGUUUGACGUAUAGUGAAGGAAUAUGCCGCCGAGGGAGCAUUCGUCAAGAACGCCGUUUGGGCAAGGAAAAGGCCAUAUUUUUAGAGUGAUUCUUAAGCUGUUGAGGUUAUAUUUUAACGUACGUAACGUAGAUAAGAUACGUUUAUUAAGAGUAUUGUUUUGUUUCACAUUUAAGCUUUAGUAAUGCGUCUUCCGGUAGCGAAUGAUGUAAUUUUAAGCAGCUAGGAGCCAUAAUUUGAAUAUCCGGAUAAUUAAUUUCACUGACAAAACAUGACCCCGUCGUUUGAUCCGGGUAACAGUUUCGGCACGACCAAAGAUAUAAAGAUACAUCUAAUGUUCUCAUUUCACCCAACCCUCACGCCGUUUCCUUUCUUCUCACCUUCGAUCCAUUUCUCUUUACCGAAAGACAAAAACAGCGCAGGUCGUGGUAGGAUCCAGUAAUUUCACUAACUGUCCAACUGUAUUCGAGAGGUAUUAGAAUUAGAGAAACUAUUUAGGAUGCUUGUAUUAAACGAGUUCUAUAAAUCCAAUGUACGGAAAGGAGAAUAACGUACAGUUGGUGACAGAUACACAUGUGUGUAAAAGCAAUCUUAUUUAUAGACCAAAUAUUCGAUGCAAUUAUUUACCUAAGGAUAUAUUCCGUACGGCGGGAACAUUAUUUAGCCCUGGUGCGGGAACGUGCUAAAAAAUGUGUAAAUAGAUAACAUAUAUCAGAACAGGGCAAUGACCGGAAAAUGGUAAGAUUCAUUAAGAUUUUCUUACAUUAACGCACCACUUUUCCACCGUGCUCUGUUGCGCUGUUUCCAAUUUUCUUUGUGCGUUACACUUCCGGUGCGCUUUUUUCUAUGCAGAUGAUGAUUUGGAUUUAGUUAUGCUUAAGUAGAUCGUUAUUUUAACAGUUACAACAAUAAUAUUCAUUACCGGCGUAUAGACAUUUGGCGACGGUUAAUAAAGCAAGUGUUUAUUAG